CGUAGAGCUGGAAGAAUCGAGCUUGGACCUGACGGCGGGGUUUCCGGCUGCGGUGGCCGGCCCCAGAUCCUUCGCCUUGGCCGCACGCGAGAACCCAGGGCGAACUCUGGGCCGAACCGGAUCAUCCACGCUCCAAAAAGCGCGGAACAAAGACUGCAGCGGCACCUGGAAGUCUGGAAGAGGGCGCGCUCCCGGCCAUGCCCAAAUAUGGGCUUCCUCCUUUCCAUCUUUGGGAACAUACGUCACGCAGGAGUCUUUAUAAAGGCGGGAAUCCUCGCUCUGGAUCUGACAGAAAUCCGCUUCGGCCGCUGUGAACCCGUGAAGGCGCCGGUCCACCGACCGGAAAUAAGCAUUGUUAUUGUUUACGUUUCCGUGCAUCCACAAACACGAAGAAACAGCCGUCUGUCCCCCAGACCUCCAGCCGUCAGCCUUGGCUUCCCCUGAGCGCCGCCACCCGCAACAGCAGCCCGCCCGGAGCCCGGAACCCCCGCCAGAGCCGGUCCCCGUGCAGAAACGGAGCUCCUCCGCCGCCUCUGACGCCUCGUCCCCGGCCAAAGACAUGGCAGCGACCAAAGCGGAGCUGCUGCUGCCCGGCCUGCAGCUGUCGGAGCCGCCGGUGUCCCCGCUGGAGGGAUACUCCAAGCUGGAGGAGCUGCAGAUGCUGCUGCAGAACGCCGCGGCCGGAGGCUCGCUGCUGGCCGCUUCUGCGGCGGAGGCGGCCGGGCUGCUGAGCGCGGAGUCCGGGGAGUGUGGAGAAUCUCUCUUGGACUUCCUGGACCUCCAGAACCUCCCCCCUCUCACACCCCGCCUCCCACCUCUGGCCUACAGUGGGCGCUUCAUCUUCGAUCCCAGCUCCUCCAGCUGCAGCAAUCUGUGGGCGGAGCCCCUGUUGGGUCUAUUGGGGUUGGGGAGUGUCACAGCCCCGCCCCCUGCGGCCUGCAACCUCACCACUUCCACCCCGUCUUUGGUAUCAUCAACACCGUCCCAGCUGAGCUUGAGCUGCAGUACCAUAGACGUCUCCUCCAUUUUAUCUUCAACGCCAUCGUACACGUCUGCUAUGGGCUCUGACUCCGCCCACCCUCCCAAUGAUGCCUUUUUGGCCCCGCAACCCUUCCAGUCGCAGGGCCCCCCACCUGCCUACCCGUCCCCUGCCUCCAGGUUGGGCCUCCAGCCUGUGGUGGCGAUGUUGCCAGACUACACCCUGCCUCAGCAAGCGCCAGAUGGCGAGCUCUGUCCGAGCCCAGACCAGAAACCCCUCCAGCCGCCGCUCACGCCACUCUCCACCAUCAAGGCCUUCUCUGCGAAUAUUCAGCCUCAGGGGCCCACUGGCCUGCUCGCCAAGUCCUGCCCGUCCAAGAAAGCCCCUGGGGGGCGGCAGUGCAGGACGCCGCCUCACGAGCGUCCACACGUGUGCCCCGCCGAUGGAUGUGACCGCCGCUUCUCCCGCUCUGACGAGCUGACCCGCCACGUGCGCGUGCACACGGGCCAAAAGCCGUUCCAGUGCCGCAUCUGCAUGCGCAGCUUCAGCCGCAGCGACCACCUGACCACGCACAUCCGCACGCACACCGGGGAGAAGCCGUUCCCCUGCAGUGAGUGCGGUCGCAAAUUCGCCCGCAGCGACGAGCGCAAAAGGCACGCCAAGAUCCACCAGAGGCAGCGCGAGCGCAAGGCCGACGGGGUCCCCACACCCACCUCAGAGGUCCCCACCUCCCCGGAUUCGUCCUACUCCUCGCCGCCUCAUAGCUGCCCGUCCGUUAGCAUGCAGGCCUCCUCCCCCUGCUUCACCUCCUCCUCUGCCUGCUCCUCGCUAUCACAGGCGUUCCCUUCCUCGCCGUCCCACCACUUCUACUCGUCCUCCUGCUCCUCUCCGCUGGGGGGCUCCCUGUCAGAGCUGCCCUCCCCCCACAGCUCCAACCUCUGCUGACCAAAGCCAAGACCCACACAGGGCUCAGACUUUUACUUUGAAAGGCCAAAGGUCAAGAGGGAAGGUGGACUUCAGUAUGGAUGUAGACGCUGUACAUAUGUGACCGUGCGCACACACGUGCACUCUGUUUGUCCCUACUGUGUAGGUUCUGAGAUGUUCAUAUGUUUACGUGGAGCUCAGAGAGCUUUCAAGAAUAAAACAUUUAUCUGA